CAUUCUAUCUCCAUAAAUUCUGAUUUUGAGUCUACCCUAAGCUCAGAUCGAUGAUCAGCAGACGUGACCCCGAUUACGCAUUGUGAACCCGUAUGGUGCGCGCCCAUGGCUGGGAGCCAAGAUAUGCGCGCUUUUUUUUUUCUCGAAGGGGGAACGAGCUGCCUGGUGCAUUCGAAGAUUGUUCGUCCUGCUGUUCAUUGCUUUUUGCAGAAUUUGUGAGACUCACUGGCCGUAAUGCAAAAGAUGAGAUAAACUGUAGGACAGAUACAUAUCUUUUGCCCCUAUCACGACUGCCUAGGCCGAGAGGGAAAUUUGAGAAGCAGCAACCACAAAUUAUUACUGAAAUGAAGGAAAAAAUGCUGGAGGUUGACAAUGACGAUGAUCGAAAAUAUGCUGCUCACUGUUUGGGGAUUUUGAGUCUUCCAUUUCAACUAAACGAAGAUAUCAAGCUUCUAAUUCACCUAUUUACUGUAAUAAGAAUUAGAAAGUUUACCCGACUGUUUUUAAAAGGAGGAAAAUCUUGA